AUGCAGGCCUGCCUGGUGCCGGCGCUGGUCCUCUGCCUCCUGCUGGGGCCUCUCGCAGGGGCCAAGCCUGUGCCGGGGGAGAGAGACCCCUACGCCGAGCUGCCAGCCAUGCCCUACUGGCCCUUCUCCACGUCUGACUUCUGGAACUACGUGCAGCACUUCCAGACGCUGGGGGCCUACCCGCAGGUGGAGGACAUGGCCCGCACCUUCUUCGCCCACUUUCCCCUGGGCAGCACGCUGGGCUUCCACGUGCCCUAUCAGGAGGACUGA